UUAGCUUUUGUAAGUUACACGUCAAAAUGGCCGAUCUGACAUCGGUGCUCACUUCUGUUAUGUUUUCUCCCUCUAGUAAAAUGUUUAUCGGCGGACUAAGCUGGCAGACCUCACCAGAUAGCCUUAGAGACUAUUUUAGCAAAUUUGGAGAAAUUAGAGAAUGUAUGGUCAUGAGAGAUCCCACUACGAAACGCUCCAGAGGCUUCGGUUUCGUCACGUUCGCAGAUCCAGCAAGUGUAGAUAAAGUAUUAGGUCAGCCCCACCAUGAGUUAGAUUCCAAGACGAUUGAUCCUAAAGUUGCAUUUCCUCGUCGGGCACAACCCAAGAUGGUCACAAGAACAAAGAAAAUAUUUGUAGGCGGAUUAUCUGCGAACACAGUGGUGGAAGAUGUAAAGCAAUACUUUGAGCAGUUUGGCAAGGUGGAGGACGCAAUGCUGAUGUUUGAUAAGACAACCAACAGGCACAGAGGGUUUGGCUUUGUCACGUUUGAGAAUGAAGAUGUUGUGGAGAAAGUCUGUGAGAUUCAUUUCCAUGAAAUCAAUAAUAAAAUGGUAGAAUGUAAGAAAGCUCAGCCUAAGGAAGUCAUGUUCCCACCGGGGACAAGAGGCCGGGCCCGGGGACUGCCUUAUACCAUGGACGCGUUCAUGCUUGGCAUGGGAAUGCUAGGCUACCCCAACUUUGUGGCAACCUAUGGCCGCGGCUACCCUGGAUUUGCUCCUAGCUAUGGUUAUCAGUUCCCAGACUACUUGCCGAUUUCACAAGACAUAAUUUUUAUCAACUAGCUCUUAAGAGAGGCAUAGCAAAUUGGGGUUUGCUACCAUAACUAGAGAGAGGACACAGUCCCGGCCGGGGCCACCCCAGCUGCUGUCAGUGCCCACUGAGACUGUUCUAGCUGCCUGUUUGAACGAAUGUUCUUUUUCUCAUUUUUAAUUCUUGGAAAAGACUCGUCCUCAUUGCUUCAUUCAGUUUAAAAAAAAAUUUUUUUUUCCUUCUGCCAUCCCCUCCCAUUUUGCUUCUUGGACACACUGUGAAUACCCCCUCCCCACUCCGCUGCACCCCAAUCCCCACCUGGAAUGUAACGGGGCCAGAGGGAAACUUCUCACAAACUUCAGAGAGCCUCCUCAGGGGAUCCAGGAAACGGGCAUCAAAUUAUUUUAAAUAUUAACCAAAUAGGCUUCUUGGGGCAUUUUAUGAGGUGAGCUUUUUGUGCUGGUGGCCCACAGGAAUUGGGGAUGUGCGACUUAGAGCACCUGUGUCCUGUGGUGGAUGGUACCAACAAUGAACACACACACACACAUACACGCACACUCUGUUCUGUAAAUAGUAAUAUGAAAAGCUUCAUCUGGGAGCAAAACUGUAUCUGGAAAACCAUCAUUAUCUGGCUGUCUGUUUUGGGGGCCAGCCCCUCAGUGGCUGUUAACCAUAAUGAUCAGUGCACCUGUCUUUGAGAAGAGGCAGCAAACGCACUGGGGCAUUGCCACAUUUCAGGCAUUGUGGGCACUGACCCACAGCAGGCCCCUCCUCCCCCAGCACCCCCACCCGCACCUCCCUGUCCUCGCUGGCCUUGGAUUUGCUACUGGCGUCAGGGCCUCUUGGCCCCCAGGGCAGGAGGGACAGAACCCAGAGGCCUGUCCUGAUCAGAUUGGCACUCCUGAUGACCACUCCGAGUAGGGCUUGCCUUCCCCACGAUCCCGACCCCCUCCACGUCCCUGUUUGAAAUAUCCCCACUCUCUUGGAUUAAUGAAGUAUAGCUCAGCAGGACCCUAAAGGGCCACCCCUUUGUUUACGCUCAUAGUUUGUGAGAAGUGACCCGCAUGCUUCCACUGGACGCAUUUGAUGUGAGCAGAUCCAUCUGUUGGAACAUCACUGUCCUUGAGACCCAACCUGUAUGGUUUUGCUCAUCUCAUUAAAGAUGCUUUAUGUAAUAAUUGGUUAGUUUCCUGUUAUUUUCCUGCAGGCUUUUUCAUGAGUGCUGGGUUUUUGUUGUUGUUGUUUUUUUGUUUUUUUGUUUUUUUGUUUUUUUAACAAUUCUGUAUGGCUCCCCCCUCCUCCCCGCUUUAUUUUGUUCUGCUAUGAAUUGCUUUGCUUUGGUGAACGUGUCCUAGUAUGCUUGCCUCACCAAUGUUUUAGCGAUUGUGAAUUUUCUUCAUCUCUGUAAAGAGUUCAUCUGUGCUUCUCCCUAAUGACGUUUUAUUUUUUCCCCCUGUAAGCAACUGAGGUAGAAAAAUAAAUUGUUUACCACGGAAAAAAAAAAAAAAAAA